CUACUGCAGCAGAUCAUUGUUUGGAUCACAAUGGCGAGACUCCUCACAGCUCUGGGCGUUCUGCUCGUUUUGCACAUCGCCUCAUCCAAUAAACUGGUGUGCCACAUGACCAACUGGGCCCAGUACAGGCCCAGCAGUGCCAAAUUCACCGCAGACAACAUCGACCCCUUCCUGUGCACACACGUCAUCUACGCUCUGGCCACCAUCAACAGCUUCAACCAGAUCAGCCCCAUUGAGUGGAACGAUGAGGAGCAAUUCAGCAAGCUCAGCAACCUCAAGAAUGUUAAUCCUGCACUGAAGACUCUGCUGUCUGUCGGAGGCACAGUCAAUGGAAUAAGCCCAUUCAUCUCCAUGGUAGCCAGGCCUGAGGGUCGUGCUGUCUUCAUCAAGUCGGCCAUCAGCUACCUGCGCACCCAUAACUUUGACGGGCUGAACUUGGCCUGGGAAUAUCCUGGACACAACGGCAGCCAGGCGCAGGACAAGGAGAGGUUCACUCUGCUGGUCACGGAGCUAUCCAAGGCCUUUGAGGACGAUGCCAAGGACAACAGGAAGACUCAGCUGCUGCUGUCAGCCAACGUUGCUGCUUUCCGUCCCAACAUCGACAGAGCAUACGAGGUCAAAAAGAUUGCAUCUCACCUGGACUUCAUCAAUGUAAUGACCUAUGACUAUCAUGGACACUGGGAGGACGCCACUGGACACAACAGCCCUCUGUACCCCAGCCCUGUGGACUCUGGAUCACACGUUCAUCACAAUAUCAACUCUACUGUGUCCUACUGGCUGGCUCUGGAAGCCCCGGCUGAGAAGCUGCUGCUGGGAUUCCCCACCUACGGACGAACCUACCGCCUUAGCGGCGCUGCGACCGGCCUGGGAGCACCGUCUAACGGCCCCGCAGACGCCGGACCCUACACUCGCACUGCCGGCUUCUGGGCCUACUAUGAGAUCUGUGACUUCGCCUCCAGUGCAACUGCUGAAUGGAUCCCUGAACAGCAGGUUCCAUAUGCCACCUAUGGAAGUGCCUGGGUGGGCUAUGAUGACAUGCGCAGCUAUUCUUCCAAGGUCCAGUGGAUGACUGCCAACAACCUGGGAGGGGCUCAUGUGUGGACUCUGGACAUGGAUGACUUUGGUGGAUCCCUCUGCUCAUCUGGAGCUUAUCCUCUCGUCAACCACCUCAGGAUGUCAAUGGGCUUCCCCCCAAAGCCCACCACCACCCCGAGACCCACCACCACCAGGGACCCCAUUGCAGAUUUCUGCAGUGGCCGCCCUGAUGGCCUGUAUGAGAACGUAGCCGAUGCGGCCACCUACUUCCAGUGCUUCAAGGGAAACACAUAUCUGCACCGCUGCCAGCCCGGCCUCAUCUACUGGGACUCCUGCAAGUGCUGCAACUGGCCCUGAGCCACAGACUACACUGUGUGCUGGCUUACAACAGGAACCAAAUGUAAACCAAUGAAAAAAUGUAAAGCUUACUGCUUUCUUCAACAAAAUAAAGAAAAACCUUUA